CUGUUUUAAAAACGAGCAACAUUACCCAGAAGCCCUUUCGAUGAUGACGUAGUAAACCCCAGACGUCAAGAUGGUGCUCGAAAGUACAAUGGUCUGUGUGGACAACAGUGAAUACAUGCGCAAUGGAGACUUUUUGCCCACCAGGCUGCAGGCUCAGCAGGAUGCAGUUAAUAUAGUUUGUCACUCCAAGACACGUACCAACCCUGAAAACAACGUGGGCCUCAUUACCAUGGCAAACAACUGUGAAGUGCUGACCACGCUGACUCCAGACACGGGCAGGAUACUGUCAAAGCUGCAUGCUGUGCAGCCGCGAGGAAACAUCUGCUUCUGCACUGGCAUCAGGGUGGCACAUCUGGCGCUGAAGCACAGACAAGGCAAAAACCACAAGAUGCGCAUUAUUGCUUUUGUUGGUAGCCCAGUGGAGGACAAUGAAAAAGACCUCGUCAAAAUGGCAAAGCGUCUAAAGAAGGAAAAAGUCAACGUGGAUGUCAUUAACUUUGGAGAGGAGGAAGCAAACACAGAGAAGCUUUCAGCCUUCAUCAACACACUGAAUGGCAAAGAAGGGGCCGGCUCUCACCUGGUCACAGUGCCUCCAGGCCCCAGCCUGGCAGAUGCCCUACUGUCCUCGCCCAUCCUGGCUGGAGAGGGAGGUGCAGUGUUGGGUCUCGGUGCCAGUGACUUUGAGUUUGGAGUGGACCCCAGCGCUGACCCAGAGCUGGCUUUGGCUCUGCGUGUGUCUAUGGAGGAGCAGAGACAACGACAGGAAGAUGAGGCUCGCAGAGCUGCUGUUGCAUCAGCUGCAGAAGCUGGCAUUUCUUCUCCUACUGCAGACGAGUCAGAGGAAGCCCUGUUGAAGAUGUCUGUUCCAAAUACAGAGUCAUCCACACCUGCUCUACCAGAUUUCAGCCGCAUGACGGAGGAUGAACAGAUCGCCUACGCUCUGCAGAUGUCCAUGCAGGGAUCAGGAGCAGACUUUGGUGCUGAGGAAAUGGACACAGGAGCUGACAUGGACUCCAGUAAGGCUAAGGAUGAAGAGGACUACGAUGUUAUGCAGGAUCCCGAGUUCCUCCAAAGUGUCCUGGAAAAUCUUCCUGGGGUUGACCCCAACAAUGAAGCAAUCCGUAACGCCAUGGGCUCUCUGGCUUCACAGGCGGGCUCCAAACCUGAUGCCAAGAAAGAUGAAGAGAAGAAGAAAUAAACAUUCAAAGAGAGGAACCUAAUACAUGAUAUAUGAAAAAAGACCUGAGAAUUGCUCUGCAUGUGUUUACUCACAGUAUGGCUAUUACUCUCCUCAACCAGAACCAUUUGUUGAUCUUUGGUUUAUGUGGCUGUUUAAACUGUAAACAACUGUAAUCAAUUCUGCUCUUUUGGGGUUUAAAAGUCUGUUCUACUUUGAUUUUUUUUGUGUCAAGCAGUAAUGCUUACUUUGAAACUUUUGUAAUAUAACCACUCAAUAACAAAGAUUGACUCUCUUAAUAAAUUUUCAGAUUUCAAAGUA